AAACGCCGCACCUCCGUAGCUUUUCUAUUGGUUGUUAACUAAAACCUGUCCCGCUUCAGCCUCCACUGCGCUAGGGACUCGGUUAGUUCGUAUGGCUGCCCGGAAGGGAACAUCACGCCUCAGGGAGGGAUCGCAAAGUUGCAGCGACUGAAGUUCAUAGCUAUCAAGAAAUUCAAUGCAGUAUGGACUGGUCCAGAGGAAACCUCAAUAACUGCCAUGUAAAUCCAGAAAGCCAACAGUAUUCGGUGCCAGCUGUCUCGACUGCAGGACAUUCUUUGCCAAACCAAGCGUCGUGCCAACCUCAGAACACGUCCAGUCAUGGGCAGAGAGUCGGGGAACAGGUGACAAGACAAGAGAGUCUCAUUCAGAAUUUGUUAAAAGCAUCGAGUGCUGAAAAAAUCCUUAAAAUCCAGCAGAAGGCUUCACGAAGGCAAGUUGCAAAAUCCCAAGGAUCUUCUGUGUCGUAUAACGUUCCUACUUCUACCCCAAACUACAGGGGACAGACCAACUCUGUGCACUUUAAUGUAUCCGGCUAUAGACCCCAAAACAUUACCAAUCCGGAUCAGCAAGCGGCACUGCAGUCCUUGGCUGGAGCACCCCAAGCUUAUACUAAUAACCAGCCAAAUAAAUCCUACAGUGGGAAUGGGUCGUAUGUGUAUGCUCAGCCGGCACAGCAGCCUGUACCCCACUUUGAGACGUAUGCUAAUGGACAGAAUGUAAGGCCCGUCCAGUCGCUCCAACGGCCUCACAGGCAAAAUGUUCCUCCGGCUGCGUAUGACUUAAGUGCAGCCCUGCAGCAACAGCGAUGGAAUAAUCCAGCUCACUCCAACCCCACAACCAAAAACCCAAAAGACUGUGUUGGAGGACAGCAAACGGGCUUCAGGCAAAAUAUCCAAAAUGGUUCCUUAGUAGGAAGUAGUUUUGCAGAAAACCCCUUGGAAAGUCUCCAUGCAAAUGCAGGUUUGCAGGCUCUACCCCCUUAUGCCACCACUGCGGCUAAUCCUGCGAGGAGUGUGCAAAGUGACCAACUGUACACAAACCAAAGUGCAAACUACCAGUCAUCAAAUUAUCAGACGCCUGUCCCUAAUCUGGCUGAGCAAAGCACCAAUGCUUCAGAGUGCCAAGGCGGUGAGCUAGACCCCAACGCAUCGCAGAGCGUGCAAGAGGCAAUUGCAGAAUAUUUCAAAGUGAGGUGUACAUUAAUAACCCUUGCAAGAGAACAUAAACUCCAGCGGCAGCAUAUGCAGUUACUUUUAGCUGAUUGCCAGGGAGGGGCAGGAACUCAAAAUGCAUCUUCCGAUACAAGCGCAGCAGGACAUCAGAUGGUUUCUACCAAUGCCAUGCCACCGCCGCCAAUCAGUAAAAGACAAAUAGCUCAGCAAAUGGGGCUGCAGGGGACAUCUGUUCCAUUCAGUAAUAAUGCAUCGUCGUAUGGCAGGAGGCAAGAUGGAACCAGCCAUAACAUUCCCACAGCCCCACAAACGGGUAAUCUCUUGGCUAACAAUGUUCCACAAGGCUUUUAUACCAUGGCUCACAAUGUUCCCCAGCAAGGAGUCAAUUCCAUGGCUCACAAUGUUUCUCAGCAAGGAGUCAAUGCUAUGGCUCACAAUGUUCCUCAGCAAGGAGUCAAUUCCAUGGCUCACAAUGUUCCUCAGCAAGGCAUCAAUGCUAUGGCUCACAAUGUUCCCCAGCAAGGCGUCAAUGCUAUGGCUCACAAUGUUCCUCAGCAAGGAGUCAAUGCCACGGCUCACAAUGUUCCCCAGCAAGGCGUCAAUGCUAUGGCUCACAAUGUUCCCCAGCAAGGCGUCAAUGCUAUGGCUCACAAUGUUUACCAGCAAGGCUUCAAUGCCACGGCUCACAAUGUUCCCCAGCAAAGAGUCAAUGCCACGGCUCACAAUGUUCCCCAGCAAGGCAUCCAUGCAAUGGCUCACAAUGUUUCCCAGCAAGGCAUCCAUGCCACGGCUCACAAUGUUCCCCAGCAAGACGUCAAUGCCACGGCUCACAAUGUUUCCCAGCAAGACGUCAAUGCCACGGCUCAUUAUUUUCCCCAGCAAGGAGUCAAUGCCACGGCUCGCAAUGUUCCUCAGGAAGGAGAUAAUGCUGUGGUUUUUAAUGUUCCUCAGCAGGGCAGUAAUGCUUUGGCUAACCAUCUCCCACAAAGUGUUAACCCCAAGGCCAACAAGACAAGUUCCAACCACCAAGUCUAUCAGAUGGAUGGGAGAAACGGGCCUGCAGUAAACUACACAGUAUUUAAUGGAGAUGACUAUAGUCAAGUAGUGGCCAGUCAGGCCCAGAGUUCUGAAAUUAGGCAGAACACGGGCAGGUACUUAAGAAAGUUGUUGACACAGCAAAGUGUUGCCAUUAAGGAAAAUCUUCUUGAUCAUUGUGUUGUUAAUGGCAGCCCCAAUAAGGCGACACAACUCUCAGGAUCUCCGCAGUCCAUUGUGUCAAACAUGUCACACUCAACCAUGAACGUUUUACCGAAUAAUAUGCCAGGGUUUUUUGUAGCUCAGGAAAGCUCCCUUUCCAGCCCUGUGUCUGAGUCUGUCACUAAUUCCUCACCUGCCUUUAAUGUAAACUCUACCAAUAUUGGAAGUGGCUCACUAGAAGCCUUAGAAACAUGCUUAUCUUUGUGGAAAACCACAUCACCGGUUAUAUCUUCAAACGAACAAGAAACUGCAAGGUUGGACCAGAAAGUGUCCCCUUUAAAAGCUUCUGAGAGUGGCACCAACCCCUCGAAUGACGUUUGCACUGUCCCUGUUGUAAAUGAAGGUGUAGCUACUGAGGUCUCGGUCCAGAAGCAAGACACGUUGCCUUCUAAUCAGCUAAAAGGAGCAGAACCUCAAAUUGCUAUUGUAUCCCCAUUAGUACAGGAAAAGUUAAACCGAUCUAAGGAACAGCAGCCCCCCAAAGAAUAUGAACAAUGUCAUGUAGUUCAGCAAGGUAAUGUCCGCAGUUUAGAAGCCAAUUCCAAGGAAAAGUUGGUGUCUUACCUAAUGAAUAUGGAAAACCUUGCGGAGAUCAACGACAAUGAAUUCCUAGACAAGAUUAAAUCUUUGAAUGAUUUUGACUUUGUAAAGUCUGGACUUCGAAAUACAGAGACCCAAGCAAAGAAUGUAUCCCCUCCGACACACUGUGACUUGGAGGGCUUGACUUCUGUCCCAGCACCGGAUAACGACCCUGCUGUGGAACCACUGCGUGAGAAUAUCAUAGAGAAUUCUAAUGGAGAGACCACAAAUGAUGACAGUGAUGGGGACUUGCAGAUAAUAAGUGUCUGCUCUCUUGCUGAAGGAAACACGUUCUAUGAUUCAUCUGUUGCCCACAUGUUUGCUGUUGAUUCUUUGCCAUCAGAAGACAAAUCAAUGUUAGACAUUAAAAAAGAGCCUGAAGAGCCAGCCGAGGAGGAGCUUCAUACUGGAUCUGUCGAAACCUUCAUAGACUCGAGAGAUUCAGAAAUGGCUACAAAGGCAGCAAAUCCAGAAACCAAGGCAGGGGUACCGUCCGGAAGUGCUGACUGCUUGCAGGAGUCGGCCAAACUUGUUUACAGUGUUGCCACAACUUCAUCAGAUGAAACGCCAUUUGCAGAAUUCCAGUCUUCCGUUGUAUCUGACCAGUUGUCUGAGUUAUUAACCGAAUUCCCUUUUGGCAUUAAAAAUUAUGUUUCGGAGGACAAAUUGGAACGUGUUUAUUGGCCUGGUGAUAGGGAUGCUGUCAAGGGUGUAACCAGGACAGAGCCAACUGCUUUUCAAACUGUGCCCCUGCCUACGAGCCAAGAAAUGACUGGAGCUACGACUGGAUCUGUGCACCAUGGUCCGGCAAAUGGUGACGUUGACAGAAUGUCGUUGCCUGCCCCUUUAGAAAGCUCUACAGCGGAGUCAAGAUCCUUGGAUGUUUGUCAAGAAAAGUCUUUUGCAGAAAUGGUGUCCUCUACUAUCAAACAAAUGACUGUAACUGAGACAGUGACUACACUCCUCAGCGAGGUGGAGACUGCAACUGCUCCCAUUCACCAAGUCAUGACUGUAGAGGAGAAUGUGUCUGUCCUGGUCUCCCAAAAUAAGAACGUAGAGGAGAUUUUAUCUAUUCCUACCAACCAAGCAGAUGCUGUAGCAGAAAGUGUUUCUGUUAGCCAAGAAAUGACCGACGAAUCUGUGGCUUCUCCUAUCUAUCAGAUUGUAGUCGAUCGGGUGCCAACCAACCAAGAAAGCACUUUAUCGGAGGGCUUGUCCUCAACAGCCAAGCAAAAUUCUGCAGUUCUUGAAAAGAAGGCCAAAGAUGAGACUGUGCCUCACAUGAAUGCAAAUUUAAGUGAACAGUCUGAAUGCAUGAAUAAUGCUGUCCUAGACCAUGACAAAGAGCCUCUCCAUAUAAAAACAGAAUGCCAAGAGGCUUGUGAAGAAACUGAUAAAAGUGGCACUGAACCAUCCAAAGAACAUGACCAGGCUGAAUUCAUGAAUAUUCCCGUCCUAGACCUUGACAAAGAGUCUCUCUGUAUAAAAACAGAAUGCCAAGAGGCUUGUGAAGAAACUGAUAAAAGUGGCACUGCACCAUCCAAGGAACAUGACCAGGUUGAAUUCAUGAAUAUUCCUGUUCUAGACCACGACAAAGAGCCUCUCCAUAUAAAAACAGAAUGCCAAGAGGCUUGUGAAGAAACUGAUACAAGUGGCACUGAACCAUCCAAAGAACCUGAGUCAACUGAUGAAAAAUCUGAGACUGUUCUGGGAAAAGAUUCUAAAACACCAGAUCAGAACAUGUUUUGUUGCUUGUUUAGUUGGCUCAAUUAUUCUUAUGGAAGUGCACCAAAGAAAUGCUUUUGUAAGGUACCAGACCAAACACAGGAUUCUGCCCAAGACAAAAGUUCUACCAUUCCGGUUAUCAAAGAGGAUCCUUCAAAGAGCUAUGCUAAAUCCAAAGCGGAGUUUAAAAUGCAAUUGUCAACUGAGGACAAAAAACCCAAGCAGGAGAUGAAGUCCCCAGUAGCAGAAACUUCUGACUUGAGAAGUAAGACAGUGAGCCAAAAAAACAACCUUUCUCCAAAGUCUCUGAACACCGGGAAAAAACAUAGAAAGCAGAAUUAUGAUAAGUCAAAAUUGCUUCAUUCCUCCAAGAAAUCUGAGAAACUUGUUGUUAAAACAGACUUUUUGAAAAACCGUCCAUACCAUAAAGAGAGAGAACGGUCUGCUGAUAGUCCAUCAAGCACUGACCAUGAAACAAAAAAUCGGGUCUCAAAAGAUUUUGAUGUCAACUGUCCUAGUGUAGAAAAGGCAUCUCCGUCCCGGCAGACUACUCAAGACAAGUCUUUAAAAAGGCCUAGGUCAUCGCUUGAUGGAGAAUGGUCUAGCCAGAGGUCUUCUGGAGCUGAGAAGAAGAGAAAGGAAUCCUCCACUGGUCUAAAAGGACAAGAAGAUAAGCAAAACACUCCGAAAGAUAAAAAAGUUCUUACUAUACAGGAAUAUUUGCAAAGAAAAAGGUCAAAAGACACUCCCAGUAAAUGGCAAGAGCAUCAGCCCCAACAAGCCAAUGGUUGUCCAACAACCGAGAAGAGGCAGUCUCUUAAGGAGAAGCACAAGGUAGGGUUAAGUGGCAAUGGCUGUCGCAGCAGUACUUCAAAAAACAGGUCUCCGGCAAAGUUUAGAAGUCCAUCUUCAAGAUUCCACAAAGAGCAGCCUGGUACUCGCAAAGGUUCCAACCACCACAAGAAAGAGAAAACAAAGCCCAAUAUGUCACAUGGUGCUGAUCUUUCCCAGCAAAGAAACCUCCUAAAGAGACAUUUUAAAGCUCAUGGUUUGGAAAAAGACCAUUCUGGGAGGACCUAUAGUUCAAUCAAAGAAAAGAUCUAUUUGACCCCGUGUGCCCUUGCCGGAGCCGAACGUCCUUCUCGGGAAGGGAUACGCUUGACCAAGCUAGAGAUCCGAUCUUCACCAGAAGAAAAAAGGAGAAGGUUGUCGGAACCAAAUUCACGGGGCAGAGUUUCAAGUUCCUUUAAGAAGGGAGCCGAAUCUCCCAAAAUGCUGGAAUUCAAACUGUGUCCUGAACUGCUCAGUGGGAUCUCUACCUCACAGGAACGACUGGGAGAAUCCAAGACUGUUAGAGAAAAAUAUACAGUGGAAGGUAUUAAAAGCAAUAAGGAGGCGUGGUAUAAAGAUGUUCCCUUUAAGAAGCACAAGUUUGAUGGUGAGGAGUGUGAAGGGAACCCUCAGCCAGAUGCCUCCACUGAUAAAGAAACCGUCCGUCAGAGUCAAGAUUCUAAAACCACAUUUGACGCCUAUAAAAAGAAGUAUCUGGAGAAGCGCAGCAAGAGCUGUGACAGCAGCCUGAGCAAUUAAACUCCUCUCUUGUGUAUUUGGAAGUGACACUGCCGGACUUUCAGGAGAAACCCAACUGAUUAAGGUCAAUGGAGAUAAAGAAAGGGAUGUGUCCGGCCUCCAUAUCUGCAGUAUUAUACAGAGCAAAUAGACUUUGAAGCUGUGGUUCUAAUAGCAAUUAAUUGUGUAACCCCCCCCCCUUCAGCUGGGCUUUUAUAUGAACAAAAACCCCAAUGUAAAUGUCAAACAGCUGAUUCCCCCCCCAGGUUUCUGCUCAAGUAUUUGGAUCGUUGUGUUUCUUGUACAGAUGUCGUUGUUUUAUCCCGAGCGCCGGUGCUAAAUACUUGUCUAAUGCUGCUCAAAGGGGACGGUUUCACCUCAAAUCCUCAUUCAACCUCCUCAAUUAAAAUAAAAACAAAAUGCAAAGAUCCAGUGUAAGCGCCAAUCAGAUGUCUGCGUUGUACCCCGGCUGCUCAACGGAAUAUUUGCACUAAACGUUUAUGUCGGGGGGGGGGUUGUUACAUAUUUUCGUUUUUUUUUCCUUUUUCAUUCACGUAUGUAAAAAAAAAAAAAUAGAUAUUUUUUUGAAUUUCUCGAAGUUGAAUACAUUUUCUUUUUAUAAAAGAUUUUGGGUUUAUAGUGGAAAGUAUUUUUCUUAUUUUGUAAGUUUCAAAUUGAAAUGUUUACGUUAUUCUUCUGUUUUCGACCGGCCUCCAUGGAGAGCUGCUGAUUUUCUAUAUAACCAGACCCCCCCUCCCACUCCCGCAACACUAUUAUUGGUCAGUGAGUUCACUUUAAUUGCAGCUUUUAUUGGUCGACCUUGUUUUAUUGUUGGGAUUUGAUUGUACAGAGUUAACGCAGCGUCUGGGGGGACUUACACCCACGUCACUGUAUAUUGUGCCCACUUUUUUUACUGUUAUGUGUUUGUAGCGGCUUUAAAGGGUUACUGUUGUCUGAAUAAAAAAUGGUUAUUGCCUUUAAAA